UACAAAUGGAGGGAGCAAAGUGUUAUCAAUGAAUACACAAUAGGCAAAUGUUAACAAUCCAUUCAAUCUGGUGUUCAGCUUGUGCAUGUAAGUGCGUAUCCAACUGCUAAAAACAGGCUGUUAAUUGAUUAUGGGCACCUCUGCCAGUACCAGCAAGCAGACUGCACCAGCUAUCCAAGCACCAUGUGACAGGGAUGCCAAACUGUCUGGAUUUGACAAUCGUUCUGAAGAUAUUAACACUGCGGCGGGCUUGGCAAAAUCCAUCAUCACCAACAAAGUAGCACCUGUUGUAAUUACGUACAAUUUGAAGGAAGAAUUUCAAGUUCAUGAUGACUUUCAUAAGGCCCACUAUGUCAUUGGUUGUAUGAAUGAUAAUUUACCUGAGCACUAUCUAGUCCAGGGGAAAUAUUUCAUGGUCAAAGAUCUCAACAACAAAGUCGAUGCUCUUCUCACCAUGAGUAAUUAUGGGGCACCAAACUUUCGCCAGGCUUACCCUGGUUAUCCAGUGUACGGCAUGGGACAGCCAACAAUGAAAAGCUUCUGCAAAGUACUGCAAAGACUGAAGGAGGAAGGGCAUCAGGAAAUCAUUUGCUUCAACGUUCGUGAGGAACCAAUCAUUUUGUUUCACCAAGAUGAUGAUUUUAUUCCUUACACCCCACGUGAUCGCAACAAUCUGCAGGAAAAUCUCCACAACCUUACUCCAAGAAAUCAAGUGGAUGAACUGGAAUUAGUCAUUAAAAAGGAGCUGCUGGAUUUCGCCGCCUUGAGCAACAAAACUUACUUUCUAUACAAUGAUACCGAGCAAUUUGUCGCUGAGCCUGUCCUGAAGAAAAUUGAGAAUGAAGAUGACGUUCGCUUAUCAGAAGAGAUCUAUAGGUGCCACAUCUUUACGAUGCCAUUCUUCAGAUAUAAACGGUUACCUCUGCUGGUUGAUACUAAUCUAGAAGAAGCAGACUUUGAUGUCUUCAUCAGUACAGUCAGGGAAUGCCCAAGCAUCACCUUCAAAGAUUGCUGCAAGCCACCUCCUGCCCUCCUCUUUAACUGUCAAACUGGAGUGGGACGUUCCAAUCUUGGAAUGAUAAUAGGUGCACUGAUGACAGCUCAUAGAACAACAUUUCCUCCAUUGGAAAGAUGUGAAAAGAGAAGAGUUUCUGGUCAAGAAAGUCACCUUCAGAUUGUUGAAAGUUUCAGUGCUUCCUUUCCAAAUGGCAGAAAAAUUGUUAAAGAAGUGGACAGUAUUAUGAAUAUUUGUUCAGAAAUGUAUGAUUUGAAGGAAAUUAUUUACCUUUACAAAAGUAAAGCACAGAAGCUCACGGAGGACCAUCAGAGCCAGGAAAUCAGUUUACGAGAAAACCUGAUCAGCAAAACCUUCCAGAUAAUUCAGACAUAUUUCUACUUCAUUGCUUUCAACAGCUAUCUUCAUGAACAGUAUCCGUUAGCUUUCUCAGUCAUGUUCAGUACCUGGAUGCGGAGAAAACCCUUCUUGUACAGGCUACUGGCCGCUAUGUCCAGACUGGAGAUGAAGACUCCUGCCAAUCUCAUCAGCGGCCGGCAUUGUGUUCUAUUUGCAGAUGAGUCCUUGGAUCUUGAUGAAAUGAGUAGUCUGAGGCAAAUGAAGGUGGCAAACUACAGAAAAGUUUCAAAAAUGCCUGUAUGUGGAAUGGCACAACCAAAUCCAGAGGGGCUGGUGCAUGUUCUCUCCUACUUGACAGAUGAUUGCAGGAAAUUUACCCGAGUUUUAUGUUUGAACUUGCGAGAGGAAGCAGUGCUGGAAGGCGAUGGAAAAAUGUACUCGCUCAGAGAAGUCAACAAUCUCCAACAGGAGAUCAUCAUUCCUGUGACAACAGUGGAGCAACUGGAGGAAGUUGAGUCUGCCUCGAAAAUAGAUGUGUUGAGCUCGAAGAAUGCUAUAGAGACAUGGCGUGAAGAAACAAAGCAGCUGAAGCAGUUUGCAUCUUGUAACACCCUGCAGGAGGUUUAUACUCAGAUAACCAUGCAGUUUCCCCAGCUGUAUUACAAGCGCAUUCCAAUCACAGACUGCGCAGCUCCCAGAGAAGAGGAUUUUGAUGUCUUCCUUAGGGUUGUAAAAUCACAUUUAACUAUUGACCAAAACUGUGUCAUUAUACUAAACUGUCACAAUGGGAAAGAAAGAACUACUGUUGGCAUGGUCAUCUGCCUGCUUCUAACCUGGCACAUUAAUGGAUUUCCAGAACCUUUUGUGGAGGAUAUGGUAAGCAUUCCCGACGCCAAGUAUACAAAGGGUGAAUUUGAGGUUAUUCUUAACCUGGUCCGUCUUCUUCCAAAUGGUAGUGAGAUGAAGAAGGAAGUGGAUAGAGCUCUCGAUGCAGUGAGCGAUUCAAUGACUCCCAUGAUGCAUCACUUAAGAGAGCUUAUCAUCAACACAUACAAAAAGUCAAAAGGGGCAAAGGACAAAGAUAAUGCUUCAAGGUUACACUUGCGUAGUCUGCAGUACCUGGAGAGGUAUUUUUACCUUAUUCUUUUUGACACCUAUCUACACCUAGAGAAACCAGGAAAAUGGGAAAGAACCUUUAAGGAAUGGAUGGAUGAGGUGGCUGCUCCAGCAGGAGUCUUUGAAAUCCUGGACAAGUUGGGAUUUCCAGAGUUUGAGGAUCCAGAAUUGACCUCCAUGUGCAGGAUGUGUUACAGGUGGCAACAACAACGAGGUUACAAGGUUCCUUCCUUUGGGCAAAUGAUUGGAUAAUUUGGCCCAAGUAAAGUUAGCCUUUUUUUAAAUUUAAAGUCAUUCAAAUAUCUGAAUCUUUCCACUUUCAGUGUAUAAAAAAACUAUUGUGUUAAAUGCUAGUGGUAUAGCAAGAAUGAGUGCAGUUGUUAAUUCAGGUUAGUGAAGUGAGCAUUUUCAAAGGCUGUAGCUUUGCGGUUUCCUUUACAUUUGAGCCUAGAUGCACCCACCCCAUGACUCUUAGCUUACUUUCUUAAUCCAGCCCUGUUGCAGUCGGGGGGUUGCUCAUAGUUAGUCUGGUACUUAGUUGUAUGAGAAUCUGGGGAUCUGUGUCCUUGCAGUUCAGGAGUCAGUCUUGAAGGUGAAGUGUAAGCAGUCUGGCGCUCACAGGUAACUCAACUAAGGUUCUGUUGAGAUAUCUGUCAGUGAGUUGUGCAGUGGUCAGCUGGGGCUGGCCUGCCAAGUCAAUCUGAGAGAGGGAAGUGGUAGGUGAGGGAGACACUUCAGUCCUCAGGGCUUAUCAGGGGGUAAUCCACAGACUCCUAGAGAUUACUAGGGAUGGACUUCGUUGUACUCGGACACUGAGGAAAAGGUGACUAUCAUGUUCGGAAAUUACAAGUAGUAGAGACAGAACUCAUAGAAAAUAGGACGGAACUGGAAAUUCUGGAAGGGGCGGGGAGGAAUAGUUUCAAUAGGCCAUGAUAACUCUGAUGCGGGGGAGGGUGUAUGGCAAACAAAGGCUUAGGAAUUUCCAACAGCGUGAGCUCUUCAGGUGAAAUGGAGACAUUAUUAGUCAUGCAAAUGACCUCAAUGGAAAUAGGAGAAGGUGAAAUUUCAUACAGCUGCAAGGACAGCAACACCAAGAACAGCAGAAAGCAUGGAGGGUAUUUGUAGGUCACAUAGGGAGCCUGCAAGUCAUUCACACUGAGACAAGCCUUGCCAUGUCAGAUCAAAUGUCAUCAAUGUAAUAACUGCAUAAAAUGGUGGGCACCACAUACAAAAUGGCCAGAGGCAGUUACUCUUUUUCCUUUAGGGCUGGAGUAGGAUUCUUUGAAUUGGAAGAACUUGUUAGGGCAGUUGUAGUAAUUAUCCUUCACUGAUUCUAUUAAUGCCACCGUCUGGCUCCAGUGUUCACUUCAUCGAUAGAUCAUUAAUUGACUGUGAAUAUGCAUUAAAAUUUAUUGCUUCAGCAAUCAUGACCAUUGAAUUUUCUUCACUACUCACCUCCUUGUCAUGCUAACUAUACAGCUGUAAUGAGAACCAAGCAGAAUCUCAAGUUCUGAUUUCAUAACCAUAGCAAGCAUUGGAAGAUAUUGCAGCUGUCUGUUCACAGACUGGAUGAGAAAUGUACAAGGAUGUGGUUUGUGAUGUUUGAGGGUAUUUAGGGCAGAUGGGGCUGUAAUAGUAGCUUACUAGCAGAAUUCUACUCCUGCAAUAUAGCAUGAAAACUUUAUUUGGUGCAUCAUAUAAUUGGGUAAAGUGACGUGCAUCAGAGCUCCUCAUGGACAUCCUUGCGAAGAUACUGUGCCAUGUUGUGAACAUGAGGCUUCUUUGUGAUAGAUGUGCAGGCUUAGAGUAGUCCCUUCUGUGUCUUCUCCUACAUUCCCCACAGAUUAUUUGCUCAUGGAUCCCACAUGAAGACUGCUGUUGUUGGAGUCAUUCUGCUCUUUGGUGCAAUUCUGGAUGUAGAAGGAGAGAACAAUUAUAACUUUAUCAGCAAGCCCAGCUAGAGCAGUAACUGCAACCCCCAAUCCCCUCACCCCAGCAGCUGCCAUCCAGCCUCCAAAGAAAUUAAGAGCAGCUGAAAAUAUCUUAUGGGGAGAGAGAGGGAGAGACAGAGACAGUAAGAGUGAGAGAGAUGAGUACCUGCACCUUCAGGCAUCACUGUGGUAACCUCAAGGAGUGAGUAGGAAGCACAAAGGGCCUGUUAGGGUUAGUUAUUUGGAGGAUUAGAUGGGUGAAUGCUAUUGAGUGGACACAAUGCAUGCAAUAAUGAAAGAUGUAUUCCAUCAGCCUUAGUUUGUAGUGUUAGAGUGAGUAUGGCUCUGUGAGUGUGAGGUAGCACAGAGAACAUGGUCACACAUACCCUUGUAGAACACAAAAGAUCAUUGAACAUCUUCCUGAGAUAGCAAGAACUGAGGAUGCUGGAGUCAGAGACAACCCAGUGUGGAGCUGGAGGAGCACAGCAGGCCAGACAGUAUCAGAAGAGCAGGAAAGUUGACAUUUCUG